UCCGACAUUAGAAAACACGCUUACAUACACUUUUCAGUUUUCCCCUUCUUUUUCUUUUCUUCGGUUCAUUCGUUGCUAAUGCUCUUUCAGAAACACUAAUAGACAUGUCUCUUCCAAGAGCCACAACAGUAGGCAAUAAUAGUCCAAAUAACAGCACUCUUCAACAGCAACUGAUGAACAAUGAAGGAAGAAUAGCAACAGCACCAACUUCUUCUUCUUCUUGGAAUAGGGUUACCAACAACAAUAACAUCAGAAACUCUGUUAAUCCCAUACCUCCACAAAAGAGAAGCAAACUUGAAGAUAGCGACGAAGAUCUGUUCACAGUUCCUGAUGUGGAAACCAUGCUGAGUGUGCAUUCUACAGCGACAAAUACAAAUAGUGGUAACGUUGAUCAAAGCAACGCAAUAGACUCUCAGCUUCAAGCUGCCGUUGCUGGGAAACGCCGCCGUGGAAGAAACCCUGUAGACAAGGAAUAUAGACGCCUCAAGAGAUUAUUGAGGAACAGGGUUUCUGCCCAACAAGCACGCGAAAGAAAAAAGGUUUAUGUGAAUGACUUGGAAUCAAGAGCUAAAGACUUGGAAGAUAAGAAUUCCAACAUGGAAGAGCGUAUCUCCACCUUAAUCAAUGAGAACACCAUGCUCCGCAAGGUUCUGAUGAAUACGAGGCCUAAAGUUGAUGAGAAUGUUAAAGCAUAGUCAAAGACGAUUCAAUAAUAAAAUAUAAAUGCUAAGCAGACUAAGAUAGAGAUGGCUAGCAGAGGAAAGCAUUCAAUAGUGUGUAAAUAUCAUUGUUCCUUGUACACACAAGAAAUAUAAAUCUCUACCUUCCCCUUCUACUCAAGUCUUUGCCCUAUAUGUAUAUUUAUAUUGACAAAGUUUUAAUUAUUUUGAGACAAAUUAAGCAUAGAGAGAAAUGACAGACGUUUAUUUGAAUCCGCAUUUUACACAUCUGACAAUAUAAUUACCUGUUGAUCAAA